GCGGAAGAGGAAGGGGGUGUAGCGUCAAGAUGGCGGCGACGCUGCGGAUCCAGAGCGACUGGAGUCAGGCGCUGAGGAGGGAUGAGGGCGAGGCCUGGCUGAGCUGCCGCAGCCCGGGGAAGCCCACGCUGUACGGCAGCCUGACCCGCCGUGGGCUCAGCACCGAUGGCGUCCCUGACAUCGCUGCCUCCGAGGGCUUUGUGGUUGGCGAAGUCACCAAGAAAAGCAUUCUCAUUUCUUGUCCUCAUGAGAAUGCAUCCACCAAAUUCUUGGCACCGUACACAACUUUUUCCAGGAUUCAUCAGAAAAGUAUUACCUGUCUGGAUAUUUCCAGUGGUGGGGGCCUCGGCGUGUCUACCAGCACAGAUGGGACCAUGAAGAUCUGGCAGGCUGCAAAUGGAGAAAUAAGAAGACUAUUGGAAGGCCAUGUGUAUGAUGUGAAUUGUUGCAGGUUUUUCCCAUCUGGCCUUGUGGUUCUGAGUGGGGGAAUGGAUGCCCAGCUAAAGAUCUGGUCAGCAGAAGAUGCCAGCUGCGUAGUAACCUUUAAAGGUCACAAAGGAGGUAUUUUGGAUACUGCCAUUGUGGAUCGGGGAAGAAAUGUCCUUUCCUGCUCUAGGGAUGGCACUGCACGCCUCUGGGACUGUGGCAAAUCCUCCUGUCUGGGUGUCAUUGCUGACUGUGGCUCCCCCAUCAACGGCAUCGCUGUGGGCACUGCUGAUGACUCAGUGAACCUGGGCACGCCUGAAAAAGCUCCCAGUGAACGUGAGGUUGGGACGGAAGGGAAAAUCCUGCUGCUGGCUCGAGAAGACAAGAAGCUGCAAGGAGUUGGGCUGCAGAGCAGGCAGAUGGUGUUCCUCUUUGAUGGAUCUGAUGCAUUCAAUUGCUGCACGUUCCUCUCAAGUACCUAUUUCCUAGCAGGGACUCAGGAUGGGAACAUCUAUCAGCUGGAUGUGAGAAACACCAAUGCUCCAAUCCAAAUAAUUCACAGAUCAGGAGCACCAGUGCUUUCUCUGUUCCCGUACAGAGAUGGAUUCAUUGCCAGCCAAGGUGAUGGAACGUGCUUUAUCAUCCAGCAAGACCUCGAUUAUGUCAUCGACCUCACAGAGGCAGACUGUGACCCUGUGUACAAGGUAAGGAAUAUGGUGUGUUGACUGAAGUAGAGUGCU